ACGCUACCUGGAACGGGCAUGCGCGCCCUCUUCUCGCUGGUCGCAGUCACUACUGCUGCGGCGCUCACUGCACCGUAUCACGCAGCGAGCCGUCACGCGGUGCACCACCGCCACGCUCCGCCCAUCGCGGUCGCUCCCGCCAACGGCGCCUCCUCGCCGCUCGCCGGCGGCGGGCCGCUCGAGCUGCUGGAGCUGGGCGCACCGGCCGACCUGACAGUCGGCUCCGAGAGCCUCGACAUCGAUCUGGACCUCGAUCUCGACGCGGCCGACCCGACCGCCGCCAUUGAGCGCGCGCUCCGGUCAGAGGGCCGCGGCGGCGAGAGCGCGCUGGGCGGGGCGGAGGAGGACACGGAGGACGAGGAGGAGGAGUACGACCCGGAGCGGCCGCCGAUUGCGUCGUUCGACGUGGGCGCGGCGACGGUCGCCGUCCUCGCCGCCAAGGGCAUCACCCACUUCACGCCCAUCCAGGCCAAGUCCUUCAGCCUGCUCAAGGGCGGCGCAGACAUGCUCGGCCGCUCGCGGACCGGCACAGGAAAGACGCUCGCCUUCGCGCUGCCGCUCAUCACGGCGCUGGCGGAGCUGCAGGAGCCGGGCGAGAGACUGCCGCGCGGCCGCACGCCCCGGAUGGUCGUCCUCGCCCCCACGCGCGAGCUCGCUCGCCAAGUGUCGGAGGUCUGCUCCAUGCUCGCCGCGCCGCACCGGCUUCGCACCGUCCUCUUCCACGGCGGCGUGCCAUACCCGCCGCAGCAGCGGGCGCUGCGCGACGGAGUCGACGUGCUCAUCGGCACGCCGGGCCGGAUCAUCGACCACCUCAACGAGGGGGCGCUCGACCUCUCGGCCGUCCGGUUCGCAGUGCUCGACGAGGCGGAUGAGAUGCUCAACAUGGGCUUCAAGGACGACGUCGAGACCAUCCUGCAGGCGACCGACGACUCGCUCCGCCAGACCGUCCUCUUCUCCGCCACUCACCCGCCCUGGGUCAAGUCGGUCGCGCGAGAGUACCAAAAGUCGCCCGAGCUGAUCGACGUAGUCGGCCGUGGCCGCAGCGAGGCGGCGUCGACAGUCCAGCACAUCGCCGUCCUGACUCCUGACGCAGAGGCGAGCCGCGCGCGCACGCUCGCCGACCUCAUCUCAGUCCACGCCACGGGCGCCGACACGCGCACCAUCGUCUUCACCGCGACCAAGCGCGAGGUGGACGAGCUCUGCGUCUCUGCGGCGCUGGCGCCGCUGUCCGCGCAGCCGCUGCACGGCGACAUCUCGCAAAAGGCGCGCGAGACCACGCUGCAAAAGUUCCGCGACGGCCACUUCCCCGUGCUCGUCGCCACCGACGUCGCCGCGCGCGGCAUCGACAUCGAGGGCGUCGACCUCAUCGUGCAGUACCGCCUGCCGCAGGACUCGGAGUCGUACGUCCACCGCUCCGGCCGCACCGGCCGCGCCGGCCGCUCGGGCACCGCGAUCCUGCUGCACUCGGAGCGCGAGCGGAGGUCGGUCGGCGACCUCGAGCGGCGCACCGGCAUCCGGUUCGCGAAGCAGGGACCGCCGUCCGUCCAGACGGUGAUGGGCGCCGCCGCCGCGCUCGUGCCCCGCCGUAUCGGCACCGUCGACCCGCGGCUGCUGCCCUACUUUAAGGAGGCGGCGGCGGCGCUGCUCGAGGGCGACGACGCGCUGCAAAAGGUGGCCGCCAUGUGCGCGGUCGUCGCGGGGCAGUCCUCCCUCUCGCAGCACUCUCUGCUCACUGGGGAAGAGCACCUCAAGACGCUUCUCGUCGAAGCGACGGACGGCGCUCCCCUCGAGGCCCGCGACGCGGUCGCCUCGGUCGCGCAGCUCGUCCCCUCCCUCAACGGCGAGCGGUGCGCCGAUAGCAUCGGCAAGAUCCGGCAGUGCGCCUCGCCGUGCAAGGUGGUGUUUGACCUGCCCGACGAGAUGGCGGACGCCGUCGUCGCCGCCUUCGACGCCCUCGCCGCCACAGACGGCGGCGAGGACGGGGCGGCGCGCCCUUCCGGCCGCCGCCCCACCCUCCUUGACUCGGGCGUCCUCUCCAUCUCCGCGUGCGCAGAGCUCCCCGAGCUGCGCCCGCUCGGCGGCCGCGGCGGCGGCGGGCGCGGCGGCGGCCGCGGCGGCCGAUUCGGAGGGCGCGGCCGCGGAGGUGGGUACCCAGGAGGCAGCAGCCGCUCGGGGUACCGCGGCGGCGGAGGCCGCUCGUAUGACGACCGCGGCGGAUACCGCGGCGGCGGAGGAGGAGGAGGGUACCGCGGAGGCGGCGGCGGCGGCGGCGGCGGCUACCGUGGCGGCGGCGGGUACCGCGGCGGCGGGGGCGGCGGCUACCGCGGCGGGGGCGGUGGUGGAGGAGGAGGGGGGUGGCGCGCCCGCGGCGCGGACUGAGGAUGAGCCGCCGCCGUUGUUCUCCCGUGUGCCGCAUGGUGUGCCUGUCUGGUUUCUGCGCAUGCCCCUCCCCCGAUCCCCUCUCAACCCGCUGUGCCCCGGUGCCGUACCCGGGCCGCUCCAAGCGUCGUGCUCGACCCCCUACGUGGCUCAGCCCUUGCGCCCGCGGUCCGAUGUGUGCGAGGAAGACCAUCUCUUGUGACUGCGACAUGCCGGGGUCGGGUGUGGGUAACCUGGCUAUGGGCGCCGGCGCCGGCACGCCGCACGCGCUGGGCGGUCGAGGGGAUUUGACCACGCGUUGAGUUUUCUUGUUUUGCACUUUC